CUUUGUCAGCAUCUAAGACGGAAGAGAAAGAAUAAAAAAUGGUGGGCACAACUUUGGGUCUUCAAAAUCAGACUGAAGUCCUGACAAAUUAUGGCACGAGGCUGGUGGAGCCAGAGAUAGCUGAUAUCAUCUGCCUAUGUGUGAUGAUGGUCAUCUUUGUCACGGGUGUGAUUGGAAACGGGCUUGUCAUCUUUGUGACCGGCUACAAAAUGAAGACGACUGUCAACUCCAUCUGGUUUCUCAACUUGGCAAUAACAGACUUACUUUUUAUUCCAGCUAUGGUUUACCUUAUUCUUUUAUUCUGUAAAAGAGAUUUUGGAAUCAACGAUCUCCUGUUUAAAUGUGGUUAUUAUGCUCUUAACCUAAAUAUGUUUGCGAGUGUUUUCUUUCUGACAGUGAUCAGUCUGGAUCGAUGUCUGUGCACAUGGGUGGUCGUGUGGGCUCAGAAUAAACGGACUCUAGUCAAAGCCAGAAUCAUCUGUGUGUUUGUGUGGCUUUUAGCCAUCUGCUGCAGCAUCCCGAAUGCCAUGUUUAUCUUUAAACCUAUAGAUACAUUGUCAUUACAACAAAUUCAAAAUGAAAAAAAGUUUAUAUACUUAUACAUGUUUAUUGUGGGCUUUCUUAUUCCCUUUUUGAUCAUUACAUGUUCAUAUAUUGCUAUUGCUAUACGGGUAAGACGCUUUCCAAGGGGAAAUCAGAUUAGAAUAUUCAGGGUAAUAUUUGUGAUUUUGGCCUUUUUCAUAAGCUGGUUUCCUUACCAUUUUCAACGGUUGCUUCUUACAUGGGUGCCUCAUAAUUACUGGAAUAUAUGUGUUUUUAACAUACUAGACGGAGCAUUUGUUUUUAUACUCUGUCUUGUUUUUCUAAGCAGCAGUCUGAACCCCAUUCUCUAUGUGUUCAUGUGUGACGAGUAUAAGAAGAAACUGAAAAGGUCUCUGCUGCUGGUGCUCGAGGGGGCUUUUACUGAGGACCAUCUUGGUUUACAUUAAAUCUCCCACCUCUUACAGUAUACAGAGCAGAGCAAAAAGACAAACAAAAAACUAUCUGGACUUUCUCAUCUCCAUACUGGUAAAUAAAUCAAUGUCAGUGGUGUUAAAUCAAUCUACAAAUCUCUUGGGUUCUAGUUAAAUGUGUUAUUGUGACCUACUCACGGUUUGUUUUACUACACAAGCUUGUUAUGCUGUUGCAAAUGUUAUUUUUGUUAUUGUCUUUUAAAUCGUCCUCUUUUUUUUUCUCUGUUAAACAAUUGUGUAUGA